ACUGAGUUCCGGCGCUCAAUUCCGAUCAAGGCCACUUGCUUCGUAUGUUUAUCUGACCUGGUUUUUACGACCACGGUAUUUUGUGUGAUGAAGUAGUUUAUUACUAUGUCGUCACGACGUGAUUCCUGUUUAAGACUUAGUAAACCUCACCAUUCUUGGAAAAACUUAUACAAAGUUGAAGGUGACCCUAUUGGACGUGGUUAUGCCGGGAAAGUUUACAAAAUUACUACUGGUAACAUGGAGCUACUGGAUCCCUUGAUAGUGACGAAGUCCCAGCUCACAGCAACAAUGUAUUCAGAAAGUGCUUAUACUGAGCCCGGAGAAUAUUUAGCUUGCAAAGUCAUCCGUAGAUUUCGUGGAGGAAAGGAUACUAUUGCAAAAAUUACCUCUGAAGUUCAAGCUAUGGUCAGUUUGCAAAGAGAUCAUCUUAAUACUUAUCAUAACUCUGUGUAUAAUAAGCCAUCUGAAAAACCUUCCAGAAUUUGUAACCAUCAAGUUCCUCCUAAAUCAGCCUCACCUAAGCUGUUUGCAGUUUAUAAAGACUCAAUGGAAGUUGCUAUUAUCAUGGAGUAUGCUAGUGGUGGAUCUUUAUACGACUUGUGUAGAUCUACUUACCCAUAUGACUUUGCUGCUAGUUCAACCAGUUCUCCUUGCGGUGAUUUAUCCGUUCCUAAUUCUGGUGUUUCUAAUUCGCACACAACAAUCCCACAGUCGAAACACCCUGGUUCAUUUGAUGGAUUGUCUGAAUCAUAUAUUCGUCAACUGUUAAUCAGCAUCCUUGAAGCUUUGGUCUACAUGCAUGAUACUCUUAGGAUGGUUCACCUAGAUGUUAAGGCUGAAAAUCUUUUACUGCGUCAACCCUAUCCGUCUACUGAUGUAUUUUUCACAGAUUUCGGUUUAGCGACCAUAUUAACUGAAGGUAAACAACAUCGAGAGCUUGCAGGAACUCCUGAUUAUGUUGCACCGGAAAUUAUUAACUAUGAUCCUAUCACAUUUGCUACAGAUAUGUGGUCUGUUGGGGUUCUUACAUAUUAUCUACUUACUGGAAUCUCUCCAUUUCUUGGUGAAGAUAAAUAUAUCACAAUGCAAAAUAUUACUCAUAAUACAAUUACGUAUCCUGAUUCCCUUUUUAAUAAUCGUUCACCCGAUUCAAUUGACUUUAUUCAGCGCCUUCUACAACGUUCACCGACACAACGUAUGUCUGCCAAAGAAUGUCUCAAUCAUCCUUGGCUCCUUCAGUCAUUAAACCAACCAAUCAUAAUCGAAACAGAAAUUAAUCAUCAAUCAUCACAAACCACACUGUAUAAUGGCAAGAAUAGUAGUAGUAAUGAUGAUAAUGUGAAAUACGCUAUUGAAUUAUUCAGUGUAGAUCCAGUUGUUGAAAUUGUUGAUGAAUUUAUAUCACCACAUUGUUUAGCCCAGUUUAUAGUACAAUCUCCUGUAUAUACUGUUUCAUAUGUAGAUGUUGUUAGUCAAACAAAUUUUUCUAAACUAAUGCCUUCAUUAAAAUUAUGUGUUAACUAUCUUCCUAUUAUCAACUCAGCAGCAUCUACACAUUCUACCUCUUCGAUAAACAACCACCCAUUAUCAUCCGAACAGUUUAUUAGAAAGAUAUCCAAAAAAUUAAUCAAUGGACAUUUCAAUCUACUUAAAAGUCUUUCCGAGUUAACCGAAAUUUGUUCAAGUAAUUCGAGCAGUGACAAUCGUUAUGUUGAUACUGACAAGUGUUAUCAGUUGAUGAAUAGGCAUCCCAUCGGUAUACAUGAUGAAUCAAGAUCAUUAACCAGUUAUUCUAAACUACCCAUCAACAACUUGUCAAAUUCUAACGUAGUUGAGUAUAAUAGUUGGAGAAACAACAAAUCGACUGGAAAUUGUGUAUCAAUUUAUUUAUUUAUUUCAAAUUAUUUACAAGAAUAUCAAUUAUUCUUAAUGUUUUGUGAUUUAAAUUAUUAUAAAUUACUUGAUCGUGAUUUUUAUUUCUUUAACCGUCAUAAUACUACUAAUAUUGUUGAUAGUAGUAGUAGUAUCAAAGAGACUAUUAAUACAAAUACUGAGUUAUUUGUAAAUUUUCCAUUGUCAAGCAAAAUUCACCAACAGAAACAACAACAACCUAAUGAAAAUGAUAUAACUCAAAAUGUAAUGAAUAGAAAUUAUGAAAUGAAAGAAUUAAUUACAAUAUCUAAAUAUACUACUGAUAUAAUGCCAAAAGUAAAUGAAAUUAUUCCAAAAAAAUUUAUAAAUUCACAUAUUUCUACAAUUCGUAUUGAAUUAAAUUCAUCAAUAAAAGAAAAAUUGAAGCUAAUGAAUUCCUCAGAUGAUCAUUAUAAUUUUAAUCAUAAAAGAGACUAUUUGUCCUAUGACUUUUGUUGAAAUUUCAAUCACAACUAUUGAGAAGCAAAGAACAUUGCACCGCUUUUUCAUUUUAUUAUGUGACUUUUCAGUAGCGCACAUGAAGAACCUCUUAUCUUCUCAAUAAACAUGCUAUUAAGUUGUGCAAUUGUUCACAUUUUUAAAAAUUUUAUCCAAUCAUCGAUAUAUGUAGCUUCGGUCUUUAUUCUGGCUUCCAGACAAGCUAAUUUAUUUAUUCUUCUUGAUUCACAUUUUGACCUUGUCAGCUAUUCGCUUAUCAACUUAACAUGAAUUAUUGAUAUGACUAAAGCAUAAUUAUGAUGGUGUAGAGUAAAAUGGGUUGAUAUUGUGAAGGAAUACUCUUAGCAUUGACUACUCAAAAUGAUGAAUGAUUUCGGUGUAGAGUAUUUAUAAAUUUAGUUGAAGGUUUUAAUAAAAGGUUAUUCGUACAAUGAAUUAUUUGUCGAACCCUGCAUCGUACGUCUAUAACUAAUCGACUCUGCAGUCGAAAGUAAUAAAAAUUGAUAUUUAUUUUGAUUUAAAGUCAAUUUCGCAGGAUAAUCUGCAAACAUAUUUAAUACAGUUAAUCAGUUCACGUUUGUGAUGUUCUUUUUAAGGUGUAUCAGAAAAUAUAUGUGAUCUGUCGUUACACUGUAUUAUUGUGCACUAAAUCAGUUGGGAAUUAAUCUUUGGAAGUACUCUAUACCUUCUGAAUGUGAAGUACUGUUUGACCAGCAUGUACUUUUUUCACUUUUUGUGGUGUACUACUGGAAAUAUUUGAAAAAAAAUUGUUUACCUGAGUAGAUAUUUUGGUACUGGUGUUAAAUUCAAAAAUGAAGUCAAUGUAUGUAUAGUGAAAGGUAGGGCGACUUUUACCUACAUAAAUUAUCUUUAGGGACAAUGUAGUUCCAGUUUAACUCUAAAAGUUCUGCUUUGUAACGCACCAGUGAAAUCGAUUGUGUUUUAUGCUUUCGAGUUGAUGAUGUUUGGCCACUCUUUACGUUUGAUCAUCAUUGCUUCUGAGAAAUUGACAAUUUUCGGUAAAAACCAUGCUAGUAAUGCUAAUGGGUAAACCUUAUUUAUAUGCAUAAUGCUUAAUUACUAGUUUCAUACUAAAUAUCUUCCCAUCACCAUCAGUGAGCAGUGCGACUAAAUCAGUAGUCCGCACCAGUCAAUGUAGAUGUUGGCCGAAUCGAACUAAGUAUAGUGAUGCAGUGUACGAAAAAUUCGCUUUGAGUUACAUAAAGUCGUCCUGCUUCAUAUUUGGUGACUUUUAUAAAACGACUUAUUGUUUAUACUAGUGAUACAAAUAAAAACAUUCUUUAUCUGACAAACACCAAAAAUGGUAAUUUUUUAUACCUUUGGUUCUCGGCCUUCAUUCAAUCAGUUUAAAACAGCACAGAAUUACUAAAUGAGAGCCUAGACGGUCAUUUCGAAUGGAGUCUAGACAUGUGCUUUUAUUAACAGUGUGGCGUGUGCUACUAAUGUCGACAGAUAUGAGUAGUAUGUAUCAUCCGUCGAAAUUAAAAUGCCUGGAGGCAAAAGGUUAAGAAGAUCGAAGAAAAGAAAACAGAGAAUGUUUGCUGUGAAAACCAAGGAACAAUGAUGUCUGAGACGAUUGAUUGACAUUUUGCAAAUGAACCAUUUACUAUAUGGUUCUCUGAUUUUACUAAGAUAUUCUGUAAUUUUAUGUUCUAAUGCAUUCGAUUAUCCCCAUUUGUGUUCUCGCUCACUACAUUAGUAAGCCAUGUACUUUGGCUACUAGGUUUAACUGAUCUACACCGUAAAUAUCAAAAGUUAUUAUCAGUUAUAUUACAAUAAAUGUUUCCGUCUUAUCCUAUAGUAUAAUUUAAACAGCCUGUUAUUUAGUAAGAAAAAGAGAAAAUUUUCUUUUCGACGAAAUCAUUUACUUAAGCUGUACAUUCGUAUAUAUAGUUAUAUGAAAAUGUAUGUCUAUAGAAGGAUAGAAAGGAUUGUAUCACAAAAUUGAUUCGAGAAUAAAUAACAAAUGAGGUUAACAUACUAAUCAAGCGGUAAGAGAGAACAAAAUUUAUGGGUCAGUUCCAAUCCAAUAUUCCGUGAUACAUACUACUAAAUAUAAAGAAAACUUUCUACUUUCUUUUUUAAAUAUUACGAAAAAUAAUGUUCAUCUUGAUUGAGUUUUGUUCUUGUUUGGCUUGUUUGGCGCUGAUGAAGUUUUUGCUGAUGAUGCCCGUUCAGAAGAAGGAUGAAAGCACCACGACCAAAACAUCCAUCUCAGAGAACAAAACUCUAUCAACAUCAUCCAUCUUAGCUAUAAAUCUUCUCCACUAUCCUCAUAAUAAUCAUCCAAGUAUAAUUAUCUUAGAUUAAGUUAUUUGUUUAAUUCAUUACACGAUUUAUUUCGAAAUUUAUGUUUUAAUUUUUUUAUUUAUUUUCAAUUUCUAUUUGAAUUAUGGUGCCUCUAUUUUCUUCUUCCCUUUUUUUCUUUAAAAAAAAAUGUACAUGGCGUCUUUAUUUUUACUGAAGUUCAUCUUCCAAAAAAAAGUUAAAAUUCAAUAUUGAAUGAAUCAAUUAUUUUUUUCUUUUGAUUUCUUUAUUACUUUUUUUCUUCUUUUUUUUAAGUCUAUUUCAUUAUUCACAUGGACUCAUCUUUAUCAAUUUCAUAAUAUUAACGUUCUUUUUUAUUGAUUUUAAUUUGUACAUUUUCUUUGAAUUAUAUUUAUGAUAAAUUUUCUAG